AUAUUCUGGUACAAUGUGACAAUGCUUGUUAAAAUGGAUUUUAGUGAAUUAAUCAGAGUGGAUCCCCACCUUUUGAAUCAUUCACGCCUGUUACACUCCAUGAUUACUGGAGCGUUACAGCCCUUGAAUGCCUCUGUGUAUCAUAUCCAGAGUAACCAUGCAGAAAUAUAUGCUGGGACAGUCGCCUCUCAGGUUCUCACUGGACUGCAUCAACAGGCUCCACUAGUGGAUGUGUCUUCUUCCUUGAAGGACAUUGUGAAGCGUGUGUAUGAAGUGAUUGACACAGAUGUGCAAGAUGUCAAUGAAUGUUCCUAUGCUGAAUUCAAUGCUUGUCCUAAGAAAGACACCUGUGUAAAUCUGGAGGGUUAUUACAGCUGCAACCCUGAGCAUGAACAUGGUGAUGUCAGUCCUCACCAGAUGAACACAAGAAAGGAAGGCAUAGUAGCAUCUAUUCCAAGUGCAGCGUUGGAUCCCAGUAACACUAGCAAUAGCUCUCAGUCUAUAAGUAAUUCAACUCUCUUGUCCAUGACUAACCAAUCUGCUGAGGCUGGAUGCUAUCCUCCUUCAAUUAGAAACCACCGAAUCUUCAGCGUUACCAGCAGCAGUUUUGAAAUGUCUUGGCACAUCACUUCUGCUCUGAACUAUACUUUCCAAGUCCAAGUGUUGAAGGACAAGGAGAUUGUACAAAACCUGAAGACAGAGGAAAUGAAAAUGGAUGUGUCUGGACUGGAAGCAGGUGUGAUGUAUUCAGUAGAGCUCAGCUAUGAAACAUGUGGAAAAAACAGCAUCUCCCAUCAAAAUGUUAAAACAGAGGCCAAGAUAUUUGGUAUCACUAUGAGGAUCCUGAACUACAACUUCACUGAAGAUUUCUAUGAUGCCAGUAGUUCGGCAUAUCAAGAAUUUUCAAGACUGUUGUUUACAGAGAUUGAAAAUUCAUUUCCACCCAACAUUUCUGGCUUAUACAAAUCUGGGAAGCUGAAAGUGCAAAUUGAAUCUCUGGAAGCUGGAAGUAUCGUUGUGAGGCUCAGAAUCACUGUACAGGAUCCCGAGUUUCUGGCUGAUGCCUCUACAUUUGCCCCAAUGCUUUCUUACCUGUACAAUGGUUCUAGGCUUUUCGUGGAUCAACAAAACACCGCAGUAGAAGACUGGGAUGAAUGCGCUUCUCAAUCUGAGAAUGACUGCUCCGUGUUUGCAGAGUGCAUCAAUUUGAUGGGCUCAUACCUGUGUCGAUGCAAGACAACCAUGGACACCAAUCCAUCCCAACCUGGAAGAAACUGUGAAGGUGAAAUUGUGAACCCCCUUACUGAAACGAUGGCCCCCGAAGUAACAGGCACCACAGAGAUUGCUCCUGAAAUAAGCACUGCAGCCUCUGCUUCCCCGGCCGUCACUGAGAUGGAGGUCGUAGCUGCUGUAGGCUCCAAGAUGAGCACUACUGUCCGUGUCCCUGCUGUACUGCCCCUGAGUGACAACCAAGCACCCUACAGCCAUUCUCCCACCAAUGCUCCUCCAGCCACUUGGAAAAAAGGCCUGUCAUCACAGAUUGGCUUUGGCAGGGAAAACAGCUCCAUGGCCAUGCAGGCCACAGCCAGAGAGGAAGUGGUUGUGACCACAGAGCAGCAGGCAGCUCUAAGUCUGUCUCAGCAAAGCUUGGUGGGAGAGGCUUCCCGUGAUGCAUUGCAACAAGUGGCUGCUCUUACAAAUGCACCCACAGGCAUGGCUGGGCAAGAGCAACUCAGUUCCCAAUUGCCAGUAUUAUCAAAUCAAACGGCCUCCACUACUACGGGAAGACAUGCAGCUUUUGGUGUGCCUGAAGUAAGCUCUCAGGGUGGCCCCAGUACAACGCUGCUGGUCACAGGAGAUGCUGGAGUUCUUGCUCUCAAUACCACUCUCAGAAUACAUGUAGAGACAGAAAGGAGCAACAGCUCUUCAUCUGAGAAAUAUUUUGGAAUCCUGGGGUCACCAGCUUUGCCAGACUUCUCUCAGGCUUCCAGCCCAACGCCAGGCUCUGCCAUGGACUGCACUGUCCAGAAACUUAAUGGAAUGGUGCGGAUAACAAAUGUGAAAUACUCUCUGGACUUCAGCAAUACAAGCAGCGAGGAAUAUCAAAAGUUUGCACAGCUUUUUGUUGAUGAAGUACAUAAAUCUCUCUCCCCUGAGCUCUUUCUGAAAAUGGAUACCGGUCUGAUUAAAGUGUUGAUAACUAGCAUCACUAAUGGGAGCACAGUAGUAAGUUUCAAUUUACUGAUUGCAGAAGAUGUGGAUAUCUACUACAUCAUCACAGCUUUUCAUGAUGCCUUUGAACACAACUCCUAUUUCACAGUUGACAAGAGCAGUCUCUCCAUAAAUGAUUAUGAUGAGUGCACAAGGGAAGAAGAUGACUGCUCCCCAGAUGCGUCAUGUCAUAACACACUUGGGUUUUAUGAGUGCAGCUGCAAUGAAGGAUUUGCUGAUGUGUACCCAGAAAAGCCUGGAAGAAACUGUGAAGCACUUCCUGUCCACCAGGAGGCAACAAUGAUGGAUAAGAAACCUGUACACAACACAGUUUUGCCUGUGCCAUCUCUGCAGACUUCGACUCAUGUUUCAUCCCCUGCUGCAUUGGACUCCUCUACUAUGAGGCACAAAGGUCUGGACAAUACCAUCCUCUCCAGUCUGGUGGUGCCUCAUUUCACCACAGAUCCGAUGUUAACUCCUGACUUUUCUCCUCAAACAUCUUCUCUCCCCUUUGUUAAACCUGCCCGGGAGAUUUCCAUUAAAGAUGCAGUGGGAGUGUUCUGUGAAAUCGAGAAGAUAGUCCUUACCAUCCAGAAGAGAUUUUUACAGCAGGAAUCGAUCCCCGAAUCCUCCCUCUACCUGGGGGAGCCUUGCUGCAACGUGAGCAUCAGCAAUGGCACUCAUGUUGUACUGCAGGCAGGCUGGGGCGACUGUGGCAUUGAAGUCGAGACGAAUGUGACUAAUACUGUAGUGAAAACAAUACUUCGGAAUGACAUUUCUGCUCAGGGAGUAGUCCACCACUUAAAAGUUGCCAGUCCAAUUCACUGUGUGUUUCAAAAUGAUCUCUUGACUUCAUCUGGAUACACUGCAGAAGGAAUUUACACCAUUUUUGAGGAUUUACAUGGAUCUGGACACUUCAGAACAGAAAUGCAGUUGUUCAUUGGAAACUCCCCAAUACCUAAAAAUUUCAGUGUCUCUGCCAGUGACGAUGUACUGAUUGAAGUGGGGAUCCACAGGGAGAACACCAAGCUCAAAGUGGUACUCACUGACUGCUGGGCAACUCCAACUAAUAAUUCAGUGGAUCCUCUCUCAUUCACUUUUAUCAACAACAGCUGUCCCAUCCCAAACACGUACACCACACUGCUAGAGAAUGGGAAUUCAAGUAAAGCACAGUUUAAACUGAAAAUUUUUUCCUUUGUCAACAAUUCUGUGGUUUACCUACACUGCAAAGUUCGUAUUUGUAUGGAGACACCAGAAAGUACCUGCAGGACGAGAUGUCGUGGUGUUCGAUCCCUGAAAACUGGUGAAACCAUUGCUACCCACAGGACAUCCUGGGGACCCCUAUGUAAAUCUGCUGCAUCUGAUUCAAAGGGAGAGAAGGAGGCUGGGCUAGGAGUUGGAUACAUCAUCGUUAUUGUCAUUGCUGCAUUUGUUUUUGUGCUGGGAGUUGCAAGCCUUUUCAUUUUCCGGUACCAGCAAAAGACAGGAAGAUACAAUUUCAGAAUCAAGUCUGACAACUUCAGCUACCAAGUGUUUUACAAUUAGCUGUUUUCAAGUUAUCAGAUAUGGAUCAUGUCUCAUCACAUAGAGAAGAGCAGCUUGUCUUCAGUCAGCAUUUGGCUUUUAUUAUUCUUCAUGAUAGUAGUCACAACUGGUUGCAACACUGACUCUUGCAAGUUAAUGUCAUGUAUUAAAGGAUUCUGUUUCCCUCUGAUUUUUCUGGCAGUCUGGCUUUUCCCUGGUGUCCUGAUAAAUAUUUGUGACUGCAGCUCUAGACUGAAGUGAGCUUGUUUGGCAGUUUUUCCAUGGAAAAAAAUAAAAGGGAAAAAGAAAAGACUUCAUGGUUCUCUACUCACGUUCCACUGUCUGGCUCUCCCACUGUGUCAUGUUGCAAUGUGCCCUUCUUGUAUUACUUGUGCGUAUGACUAUUGACAAGCUGAUGUUUCUAUAAAUACUCCAGGAAGUAAAUCAGCAAAGCCUUGGAAAGAGCUCCUUUUCAAUUUGGAAUUCACCUGUUUACUUAGGGCGAGGUUGAAGCCCUGAGCUGCAGUGAUGCUGAAGACCUAGCUGUACAACGCCUUAAGUAUACGGAAGCUGAAGAACAAGUAGUAGACUUGCCAGCAGAUAAAGAACAGACACCAUGAAUCUGAGGCUUAAUCUGCCCCAAGUAUUCUUCAUCAUGAGUUUUGAGAGGAGAAGGGGAAAAAGAAAGCUAUUUGUGCUACUGGGAGCCCGUAUUUUUCCAGAUAAUUAUUGGUAACUAUUUAGUUUGUUGAAGUAGGCCAGAAUGACUGUGCAAUUGAGCUCCAGAGUGUAUUGCCCAUUGAAGCGAGGGCACUCCAAUUGCAACAGAAUAAAUAUAAAUUUGAGCUGUAUUUUGACUGGCUGCGAGAUCCCACUGUUAGUGUAGCAGCAAGGGUUCAGUUUACAUGCUUCAUUGGAUACAACAGCAAUCUGUUUGUUCAGCUGGAUAACCUGGAACAAAAAGUCAUGCAAUUUCCUCCAAUAGUCCCCUUUUCCUGACAGCUUUACUUUACAACUACUGCAAUGCUAUUUUCCCUUUAUAAAAAAAACAGUUUUACAGAGGUUUUUUUUAUUUCUUCCUUUUUUGUUCUUGCUCAGCUGCUCACACUUCAGCUGUGUCCUAGACUUGCUGCUUAAGCCACCCUCUGCCAUGACCCAUUAAUGAAAUGAUGAUAAGAAUUUAAUUGCAAUAUAUGUUUCUAAUAGCAAGGGAAGCUGCUCCUCUAUGUUUCAGAGGGAAGGGCCUAGACUGUCACUUUGCAAAGGAAAAGAAAGUUCAUGCCUAGCAUAAGUAAGCAGGGUGCUGCAUGGUCUUGCAGAGCUUGGCCUAAGCCAUGGCACUCCAAACCUAAAGGUGCUGUCAGAUUUGUGCUGCAAGACACCUGCAAAGGGCGGCAGAGCUGGCAAAGGUCUGCUAUUGCUGUGAAUCUUCAGACCAGUCUUUGACACGACAAGCAGCUCCCGCAGGACUCCUCGCCGGGAUGUGCUUCUCCCCUCUGCCGCCGCAAGCCUCCAAUUUAGUGAGUGUUUGGGAAGAUGGAGAAGAAAGCAGCAUGGUAAUUUGCCACCACAGCCAGCAGGUUCUGAUAGCUACGUGCUCUGCUCCAAUAUGGUGGUUUAGUCUGCUAUGUCUGGGUCAAAUAUAAUUCAGUAAUUUACAGUGAACAAGCUCAUCCCUCUUUAAACGCAAUAGACACCAUUAUUUCAAUGGAAAUUAGCCAUAAACCUGAACUCACAAAUACUCUUUGGAACCAUAGCAUUUAGGUACUGAUUUAUUAGUGUGGAGUGGUAGUCUGGGAAAUCUUUAUCUUUUUUAUCUGCUUAAUCUAAUUUCUGUUAGGUACUAAGAUUACUGGUUAAGGGACUUGGCCUACAUUUUGCAAAAGAUCAGACUAAUUGAUCUUUGGGAUCAUGUAUGCCUUUAAAAUCCAUAAAUAAAUUUCAAAAUAAUCAUUUGUAUUUUGCUUUUGAUUCAAGCGGUUCUCAAAGGAGAAAACUUUGUGACUUGUGUUUUCCUUGCUGAAAUGACAGUGCCCAGAUCCUGAUAUAAAAAUCCCUUUCAUUACAAUUCAUUAGUGAAGCUACAAUUUAUUUAUUUUUGCAGUCUUAAAGUUUGAUUGACAUAAACAUAAACUUUUUAUUUUGUAGGAGUGUAUUCACUUUUGCUCAGUUUGCUCUUGAAUGCACAAUGUAUUGGCCUUCUGGACACAAUUAAUGGGUAAACUAUUUUACUAUAAUAUUUUUCUAGUUUGUAGUACUUAAAAUCUUCAGCUUCUUGAAAGUGACAGGACUAGAGCUUUGCCUGUUCAUUUCAAUGGAGCUAUGUAAUUUACCAAAGGUGAGCAUUAGUCCUCAGAUUUAAAUGCAAAGCAGUAGCUCGCAUGUGAUACCUUGCAUGCUCAGGAGAAACUGCCAUUGUGAAUAUCAGAGUCUGUGUAGCUCAGUUGUGGUGUCUUAAUAAAAGCACUCCCUAAGCUUA